AUGGGAGCAGCCGUCUUUGGCAAAAUCUCUGCGCAGGCCAUGCGCCUCAUGGUGGAGGGCCACUUCUUCCCCAUGCAGCAGCACCUCCACUCCCAGAGCGGCUCCGCCCGGUCCUGCGACGUGCUGGAGCACACCUGUCGCCUCGUGGUCCAGAUCGCCAAGGAAACGAGCCAUCGAGGGCCCUCCCCUGAGUGGCCCAGGGACCGCAUGCCCAAUGGUGGUAGUUUCCCGUGUAGAGCUGGCCCUGCAAGCACCAGAAUGACCGGUGACCCCAAGGGUGGGGACACCAUGAUGCCGGAGGAGAUCCAGUGCGUUAGCCAAGCCUUGACGCUGCUCAUCGAGCUUUGCCAAGGGCCUAACCUGCAGAACCAGGAGGUGGUGAGCACCUUGGGCCUUGUGGAGACCAGCUCGCGACUGCUGCAGCCCAGCUACGAUCUCAUCUGCCGCCUGGAAGGCGAUAUUUACCCGCCGACCAUCCGGCGGCUGAAAGCGUUGCUGAUGGACGGCAUGCUCGCGUUGGUUGAAGGCCGCCUGGAUAGCCAAAUCCAUGUGACCAUCCCACAACGUUUGGACCCGGUGGCGGUGAAGGAGCGCAUCGAGUUCGUCCACAGCUACUUCGUCUUCGGCAUUGUGGGGGUGUCCACCCGCACCGUGGACAGCGAAGCGGUGGCCGCCAUCCCUUUGGAGGGCAACAGCCGGAGCCUCUUCUCGCCGCAAGCGGACCCCACGGAUGUCUACCACAGCUUGGUGGAGGCCUCCGUACUCACCGAGGAGCUGUUGGAAGACCUGUCAGACGCGGACAUUCGCAACUUCUUCAGCGAGGGGUUGAAGAUGGUGCAGCUCAUCCUGGAGGUUGCCACGUACUCCGCGAGCUUCGAGAAGAUUGUGAAACCUGUCAAGGAAGAGGACGAGACCUUUGUAGACGACCCCUCGCAGUACCUGUCGGAGAAGCACUACCUGCAGGAGCGCCAAAAGUAUCACGUGCACUGCAAGUACCGCAUGGCCUUCUCCUUUCUGAGCCGCUUCGUUCGGACCAUCGAGGUGAUGAUGAACGGCAACCUGCACUACCUGCACUUUCGGCUGCCGGUCACCGCCAUGUGGUACGUCUACGGAGAAGCCAAGCAGAACAUUCUGGACACCAUCCCCUUUGCGUCUCCGGAUAUCAAGGCCAGAUACUUUGUCAAGAGAUGCAUCGGCCUCCACCGGGAGUCCAAGCUCAUCAAGGACUUGUCCCGGUUCUCCAUUGUGCCGAAGAGGCUGCUGAAGGUGGCCCAGAGAAACAUCCCAGACUGGAUGCACCGGCCGUUCCAAAUCUUCCUUUGCGACGAUGCCAAGAACAUGGCACGGCUCCUGCGGAGCGCUCUCUUUUUGGGCCUGGCGCUGUCGGCAUUCACGGGCAUGUUUCUGGUUCCUCCGGAGAACGGGGACCAUCCGGAGUGGAGCUCUCACACUGCGUCUUUGAUCUCCAACACUUUGAGCUUGCUGUACUUCACCUGCACCGCGGUAUGGCUGCUCCUUACGGUGGUCAUCAAGUUCCCCAUCGCGCUGCACGAGGCGGAGGAGAUGCGGAGCAAACCCCCACGGAACGCCUUGGCGAACUUGUUGAUGAACGCCUACGCCUUGUCCAGGCUGAUGCGGGAUGGCCAGGUGGCCUGGCGCGCGCUACUGCUGACCUGCUGCUUUUGCGCCUUUGUCUUCGGGCACUACUGGCUGAACAGCUUCAUCCUGAUGGACUUCUGGUGCCAGUCCCCGGUCCUGGCCACGGUCUUCCGCGCCAUCUGCUCCCCGCUGAAGUCGCUGGCCAUGACCUUCCUGGGGUUGCUGAUCAUCACCUUUGUGUAUGCCGCCAUUGGUUUCCGCUACUUCCGGGAGGACUUCCACCACUUCUGCAACGAAAAUAUCCUGACUUGUACUGAGAACAUCCUCUACCAGGGAACUCGGGGCGGCAUUGUGGGUCUAAGCCUCAUGAUGAGCAGCACGCAUCCUGGCCGGCCCGACUGGACGGAGCGCAUGCUCUAUGACAUGAGUUACUUCAUCAUAUUCGGUGUCAUCGUGCUCAACACGAUCGUGGGUCUCAUCGUCGACUCCUUCGGCGCGCUUCGGCUGGACAUGGAAGCCCGGGAAAACGAUCAGCAGACGCAGACCUUCGUGUCCUGCAUUGACCGAAGGAGCGUGGAGCAGGUCGCGCAGUCCGCGGGGAUUUCAGACGGCUUCGAGUAUCACGAGACAUACCGGCAGAACAAGUGGGACUACAUGGCAUUCCUUUUCCAUUUGUGUGAGACGGACUUGGAGGAGCUCACCGGCCCAGAGCAUCACAUUCGGGCCCUGAUGGACAGGGGAGAUGCGAAGUGGUUGCCCAUUGGCCGUUCCAAGUUCCUGGAGGGCGCCGGCAUGGGCAUGAACCCGCUGGACAGGUUCAUGCGGAUCCAAGAGCAGACCAAGUACCUGGGAAGUUUCGUGGAGUCGAACCAAGACAGCUGGAAGAGCAUUUCGCGAUCUAUGUCUCAGUUGGACUCGGCCAUCCGGGACAAGCUGGACGGCAUGCUCACAGAGCUGAGGGACUUGCAGCUGGAGCUCAAGCAGCAGCGCAUGCUCAAGGAUUGA